AUGUUUGAAGAUACACGGAACUGGUAUUAUAAUGCUUGCAAACAUUGCAAGUCAAAGGUUCAAAUAGUUAAGGUUUCAGAUGAGACGGUCAAUGGCUUGGACCAGUUAGAAGAGAAAGAGAUUAUGGUUUGUACAAAUGAAAAGUGCAAGGACAAACUUAUUACUGCUGAACCAAGUUUUAUGAUCAAAGUUCGAGUUCAAGGUUUAGUUGGUGUUGUGAGUCUUACGAUCUUUGAUCGUGAAGUCAGAAAUAUUCUGAAAUUAUCUGCUGCUGAUUUAUUAUCAAAAUAUGAAAGGUUUGGCAAUACAAGUGAGUUUCCUAUUGAGUUGAAUGCCAUGAUCGACAAAAAAUUGGCUUUCAAGAUUGUUGUCAAGACAUUUAAUGUUUCAAGAUUUGGUCGUUCUUACAACAUUUCCAAAAUAACGGAUAAUGUUGACAUUAUUUCUGCUUUGGAGAAAAUCGAGAAAAAGAGUAGGAUUGAACAGGAUGAUACUUCCCACACUGCUGAUAAUACUCAUGUGUCGAAUAUUCCCUCUGGCAUAUCAUCAAGAACAGUCAACAACCUCAAUUCACCGCCUACAAGUGCCAAACGUAAACUUGUAGAUGUUUACGAUCUUGAUGAUGACGUUUAUGAAUCAGCAACGAAACCUAACGCACCCCGUAUUGGAGAUGGCAAAGUUGGUGGAACAACAAAAUUGUUGAUUCCUAAAGUUGAAAAGUGA